AUCCAAUCGAAGGCGAGCUUGCCCGUUGAGUCUGCCAUGUUGAAAUGUGAUUACAGUGGUUCAGGAAGAAGUGUGGUGCCGUAUUUCAUGCAAUUUUUUCAAUUUUAAUGUAAUUUAGAGUGCAUUAACAGCACAUAGAGAAAGCAUAAUGUCGAGGAACAGAAAAUCGCAGUCAGGAAAACCGUACGACUCCUCUCUCGCAUUUGUGAAGAGGAUGACGCGCCGGGUGUCCGCGUACAUUCCAGGUACCAUCACAUCGUGGUUUUCGUCAAUUAACGAGGAGGAAACUGAAACUGAAAAUGAGCAAACUGCUUCUCAAGAUGUAUCCCAACAGCCCUCUCCACAAUCACAGGUUCCACCCGCGAAAAAGCAAAGAACGGAACUCAAUGCUCCUGAGUCCUGGGCGUCGGAACCAGUUCCCAGUACAUCUGGCCAACCAGAUCCUAGCGCGUCAGCAAGCAGACCUGUUAAUGAGGCUGGUCCCAGCGGGCUCUCACAAGCCGCCCAAUUCCCUCACAGAGGUCUCUUCCCCACAUCCACGCCCAUGCACCCAGCAAGAUAUUUGGUGCCCACUUCCAGCGGCUUGGGAAUCACAGCUGAUGAUGGGUCCAACAGCAGUGAGUCCACAAGCGGCUGCUCCUCCUUAGUACCACAAGAAAAUCACAUGGCAGAAGCUCCAGUCGAAACUCCCGUCAAAAAUUCGCAGAAAGGAAGCCAGCUUUAUAGCCUUUUAUUUGAUCCUAAUUCUGUGAACCCAUCCAAUGAAGUGAGUAAAAUAACUCCUCAGCCUCCAGCAAAGAGUAAGAGGCCUGGGUUCGAUCCAUCAGUCAUCAGAAGUCCAUCGAUUUGCAGUAGUUACAGAGAUGUAUCCAAAUCUCCAUUUUACAAAGGCAAGACUUGCUAUGGAGGUGCAUCAGCGUACCGAAGAUCAGCAGGAGCAUCUCCUUGCUUUCCAAACACAUCAUAUGAACUUAGCAACUCAUCAGGGUCUAAGCGGAACUCAUUAUCAUCCAACAGCAGAGUGCCGUUAAACAGGCAUGGCAGCAACCAUAGUCUUUCGUGGGUGGAGAAUAACGGCUCUCCAUCCCCUUUACUCAGUGCUGUGACCCAACGGCUCUUGAAAGCUGUGGAAUCUGCCAGUCCCUUGAAUCAAUCUGUUGCAAACAGGGAGGCUGGCAACUUAAAGAGAAAGAUUGAAAAUAUUUACGACUACUCUUCGCCACCUCAACAGCAGACAGGCCCUCCAAUCAAAUCACUUAACGCACCAACUGUGCGCGAUUUAAUGCAGAAUGCAAGCAAAGUGCAAAAGGUAGAUGCAGCCAAGAUUUUGACUCUGCCUAAAUCAAAACCUGCCUGGAAAGAUAAUCAUCCACUGUACACAUUAAGACAAGAGGAGAGUGCCUCCCCAAAACACGUUAACAAGAUCAGGAGGAAUCAAAGCGACUUAAUUGACGAUUUGCCAGAAGUGGUAGACUUACCGCAGAUCCCGCUCCAGAUGAAAGGUCUGCCAACAUUUGACUUUGCUCCCAAAGCAACAACGACCAAACCUGCCCCAAGCAAACCAGUGACAAAAGUGGUGGAAGAUGAUAUUAUACCAUUCACCUUCUCUGCUCCAAUUGCCGCAAAACCAACCCACCAGCGCAUGCAGGUGGCAUUCAAAUCGCCCAGCCAAGACUCAAAACAUAUAUUUGGUUCGCCUGCCAAGAUACCGGAACUAGCUGCUGCUGCUGGAAGCACAGGCCAAAAAGAGUUGACCACACAGAAACUGGUGGCCAAUGCGCCGCCUCCAGCGACUGCUGUUCCUGAGAAGAUGUCAUUGCCAGCUGGUUCUGGCUUUGGUAACAUGUUCAAAAAAGCUGAGGGUACGUGGGACUGCAAUUCUUGCUGCUUGAAUAACCGAGCCGACGCAGCAAAGUGUGUGGCUUGUGAAACUCCAAGGGCUAAGCCCACACCACCUGCUCCUUCUGUGUCCACCCCCGCCCCAGCCACUACCUCUGGAGGAUUCGGCUCCUUGUUCAAAAAGGCUGAAGGUUCGUGGGAGUGCCCCUCCUGCAUGCUGUCCAACAAAUCGGACGCUGCCAAGUGCGUGUGCUGCGAAACACUGAAACCUGGAUCAAAGCCAGCAGCCAGUAAGCCACCAUCUGCUGCUUCUCUGACCGUUAACCCCCCUGUUAUCACCAAUCCUAUAAUAUUUUCAAAGCCUGCCGGAUCGUGGGACUGCGCAGAGUGUCUAAUUUCUAACAAGGCGGAAUCGGCCAAGUGUGUAGCUUGCGAGACGCCAAAACCUGGGUCAUCCACUGCGGCACCUGCUGUCAACAGUCUAGGUGACAAGUUGAAGAAACCUGAAAAGUGGGCUUGCCCUGUGUGCUUGAAAACGAACGAAGGAGACAAGCAGAAAUGUGUUGCAUGCAACUGUUUGAAUCCUGGCAAACCGAAUGCUGCUGUAAGCAAAAGCCCAGAGAAGCCUAAGUUCAGUUUUGGAAUGCCGCCUCAAACGAACGCGCCGAAGAAGUUGGAAGCAACCUCUGACUCUGGAUUCCCUAAGCCGAAGCCUGAAGAAGGAAAAUCUUUGUUCACUUUUGGUGCGCCUAAGCAGAGUGAAGGAGCUAAUGAACCCAAGAAAGGCUUUGUAUUUGGUGCUUUGAAAAAAGAAGAAGGCAAAGAGGAGAAAACAAGCUUCUCCUUCGGAUUGCCGCCAGCUGCGAAAGUUGCUGAGGAAGCGUCUAAAGUAUCAAAACCAGCCGAGUCUAGCCCUGCAGUAACUGCCCCAGCUGCUGCUAGUAUACAAUUCAUUGUGCCUCCGGCUAGCACAGCGCCAAAAUUGAAAAGAAAAGCCACGGACAGUGAUGAUCCUUUGCCGACUUCGUUUAUAAGUUCCAGCCCCCUAAAGGUGAACAGUUCGACCAAGGACGACACCUCAUUUGCUGGUGUAAGGUUCAGUCCUAUGGCGUCAACCAAUCCAAAAUCACCAGAGCCAGCAAACUCUGCUGAGCCACCUGCCAAGAAGGCACCAACAUUUAAUUUCUUUAAUGAAAAACAGUCUGAUAGUACCAAGACAACUCUACCCUCAUUAUUUGCAACCAAGCCAUCGUCGACCCUUGACUCGCCAAGUAACUCACUUUUCUCCUUUGCAAGUAAAGGAGCAGACUUGUCUUCGCAGAAGGAAGAGCCCAAACCGUCAGCCUUGUUCCAGUUUGGAAGUGCUUCCAAAGACAUUAAAAGCUCGACCAGCAGCGCCUUUGGAGCGCCAGUCGAGAAGAAGCCUGCGUUUCCUUCCUUGACCGAGUCUGCUCCUGCUCCGAGUUUUUCCUUCACGCCCAAGGACUCGACUCCCGCAUUUGGCUCAAAGCCUGCGGACCCACCAGCUUUUGGACAGAAGGCCCCUGAAGCCUCCAUAUUCAGCAGCAAGUCUGCAGAAGCGGUCCCUUCAGUGUUUGGCUUGAAACCCUCAGAAGCGCCUGCGUUUGGAUCCAAGCCAGCAGCGAGCAUCGCUUUUGGGGCCAAGCCAAGCGAGCCAGCAGCACCUUCGUUUGGCUCCGACAAACUCCCCUCCUUCAAACCUUUAGAGAGCACAAACAGCCCAUUCGGGGCCGCGAGCACUGCCGCCGCGCCGACUUUCGGCUCGCAGAACAACUUGUUCUCUUCCUCCGGCACUUCCUCCCCGGCGUUCGGAGCCUCCAACUCUUCAGUGUUUGGCCAGGUGGCCCCCGCAGCGUCCAUCUUCAGCGUGCCCGGCGCAGCACCGACGGCCCAAGCACCCGCUCUGCCCGCGUUUGGGGCUGCGACUCCCGCCAAUGCAUCGCCGUUCCAGGCCAGCCAGCCAGCAGCCAACCCGUCGGGAGGCUUCAGCUUUGGCAACAAUUCUGGAACACCUGCUGCUGGCAGCAAUUUCUUUGCAUUUGGCGCUAAUAAGGACAAGCCGGCCGUGGGUUUCGGCUCAAAUCCCUUGCUGGCCCCCAAGCAAGCUGAAAUUCAGCAAACCCCCUUUUCAAACCAGGCUGCGAACCCUGGCUUUGGCUCGGCCGCCAGCACCCCUGCCUUUGGUGCAGCCCCACAACCUGGAGGAUUUAAUUUUGGCGCCAACCCAUCUCCGGCGUUCCCACCAGCCCCACAGCAGACGAAUGCUGCAAAUAUGGGGGGAUUCAAUUUCAACGCUAACCAGUCUGUUCCCCAGUUCAACCCUGAAAUGAGGCCGACGUUCAAUUUCACGGGAAAUACAGGAGUUCCAGUUUUUAGUGCCACGCCUGCUGCAACAUCUGCUACUAAUGCUGCAUUGCACGCUCGAAAAAUACGCAAAGCAAGACGAACGCAUCCACGAUGAAAGGAUUCCUUUCUCUUUUCUACGUAAUUGUAAAUUUACCGUUGAAAUUUGGAUAAAACAUUGCAUAUAUGAAUACAUAAAGAGAAUACAUUUUACAUCCAAAAA